CAUAAGUACAUGGAGGGUAGAUGAAAUUCACAUUAAGAUCAUAAGGGGAGGGGAUAAAACAAAGAGGGCAUAAAUAUAUUUACAAGCAAAUUAAAGUAAAAGAAUGCAUAACUUACAAAUUGUAAUAGUUUUUAUAGCUUUCUUAUUAACAGAUGUCGAAAUUGUAACGAGACAGCUACCGUACCGAACAUGCAACAGUUUUCCAGUCGCGCCCACUGAACUCCAGACUCCGCCUCCUUCAGCGUGACUGUACGUGCCGUGCGUCGCUCCUCUCUUCCCCUCACAGAAGCCACAUCCAGACCACAGACAUGGCUCCGUGAGGGUGCACAUGGCGGCCAGCAGCCAUGAACCAAAAACCAACUCACCAAAAACUACAGAUGCACAUCCGAUCUGAUUGAUUUCCGAUUUUCCGUCGCAAUCCGGUUUUCAGUAUCCGGGAGAGGCUGCUGCCGUCUCUGUCAAAUUUCCUCCAGACAAUUUCACGCAAAACCCGUAAAAAAAAUCAGAUAUCACACUCAAAGACAACAGUCAUGGGUGUGCAAGGUUUCCAGGAAUACAUUGAAAAGCAUUGCCCCAACGCCGUGGUGCCCGUGGAGCUCCAGAAGCUCGCCCGGGGAAGUCUGGUCGGCGGCGGCCGGCAGAGACCCCCUCAAACUCCGCUCCGGCUGCUGGUGGACGCCGAAAACUGCUUGCACCGACUCUACGGCGGCUUUUACACCGACUGGGUGAGCGGCGGCCAGUGGAACCACAUGCUCGGGUACCUCGCCGCUCUUGCCAAAGCCUGUUUCAACGGCAACAUCGAGCUGCUCGUGUGCUUCAAUGGCGCCCUGGAGAAAGGCCGACUUCACGAGUGGGUCAAGCGACAGGUGAACGAGAGGCAGACCGCGCAGCAGAUCGUCAGCCACGUCCAAAACAAGGGCACCCCGCCGCCCAAGGUCUGGUUCCUGCCUCCGGUGUGCAUGGCCCACUGCAUCCGCCUGGCACUCCUCAGGUUUCGCAUCGGGGUUGUCCAGACCAUUGAGGAUCAUCACCAGGAAGUAAUUGCCUUAUUCAGAGAAAAUGGCUUCCAUGGUUUGGUCGCCUAUGAUUCUGACUACGCCCUGUGCAACAUCCCAUACUACUUCAGCGCACACGCUCUGAAACUCAGCCGUAAUGGGAAAAGCUUGACCACCAGCCAAUACCUGAUGCACGAAGUUGCCAAGCAGCUUAAUCUCAAUCCAAAUCGUUUUAUCAUUUUUGCUUCACUUUUAGGUAAUCACAUACUGCCUGAUGAAGACUUGGCUGCCUUUCACUGGAGUUUACUUGGUCCUGAGCAUCCUUUAGCAUCAUUGAAGGUUCGUGCUCACCAGCUUGUUCUUCCUCCCUGUGAUGUCGUCAUAAGGGCUGUCGCCGACUAUGUACGCAAUCUACAAGAUGUCAAUGACCUGGAGGCUAUUGCUAAGGAUAUAUUCAAGCACUCUCAGUCCAGAACAGAUGACAAACUUGUCCGUUUUAAAAAAGCAGUGGAGUAUUAUGCCACCGCGAGUAAGCCCCCCUACUUGCCGUAUUAUUUAGUCAGACCAAAUCAGAUGGGAGGGCCAACAGCACUACAGAUGCUUAACAUUCCACAGACCCCUCAUCCUGGCAAACCUGGGGUCCCGCAUUGCUUUUCUGGCCCUCCAAUGGCUGAAGCCGCUCAUGAAUCGGACCCAUCAGGUAAAGGGGUCCUGGAUCAGAACAACUACAGCAACAUUCCUCAUGACGGGAAGCAGCACACGCCGCUGUACGAGAGGUUGUCCCCCAUCAACCCGGCUCACGGCGGCAGCCCCAACCACACAGAUCCGGCCUUCUUCACCAACUCCUCCACCUCGUCCUCCUCAGAGAAUGAGGAAAACACAGGCUCCACUGCCAAUCAUGUAAGUGACCAUAAGGGAUGGGACAAACAGAGAAAUCAGAUGGACAAUAUCCCAGAAGGAGACAAUGAGGACCAAAACAAAUCUGUUCCUUCUGUGACCUCCACUGUUAACAAAGGCCUGGAGGGCAAAGGUCAUGUAGGGGUCAUUGCCCAGAUUCCAUCCCUUCUUUCAAUGCCAACAAGAAACCACAUGGAUAUUACAACUCCUCCAUUACCAGUGGUGGCACCAGAGGUGCUGCGGGUUGCUGAGCACAGACACAAAAAGGGCCUCAUGUACCCGUACAUCUACCAUGUUCUCACCAAGGGUGAGAUAAAGCUAUCAGUCACCAUUGAAGAUGAAGCUAACAAAGACCUGCCCUCCGCGGUACAACUGUACCGGCCAAUCCGUCAGUAUGUUUACGGUGUUCUCUUUAGCCUUGCCGAGGCCAAAAAGAAAGCAGAGAGACUCGCCAUGAGGAGGAACCGCCUUCCUGAAUAUCCAACAGUGAUAAUAAAAGAAUGGGCUGCUUUCAAAGGCAAAUCUCCACACACUCCUGAACUAGUGGAGGCUCUUCCGUUUAGAGAGUGGACCUGUCCCAACCUGAAGAAACUCUGGCUGGGCAAGGCGGUGGAGGACAAGAACCGACGGAUGAGGGCUUUCCUGGCCUGCAUGAGGUCAGACACUCCAGCUAUGCUGAACCCUGCCAAUGUUCCCACACCACUCAUGGUGCUGUGCUGCGUGCUACGGUUUAUGUUACAGUGGCCAGGAGUAAGAAUUUUGCGUCGUAACGAACUUGACGCUUUCCUAGCUCAAGCACUUUCUCCUAAACUUUAUGAGCCUGACCAGCUGCAGGACCUCAAGAUUGACAACCUGGAUCCACGUGGCGUUCAGCUGGCUGCUCUUUUUAUGAGCGGCGUGGAUAUGGCAUUGUUUGCCAAUGAUGUAUGCGGACAGCCUAUUCCCUGGGAGCAUUGCUGUCCAUGGAUGUAUUUUGAUGGCAAGCUGCUACAGAGUAAACUCAUCCAGGCCAACAGGGACAAAGCCCCGCUCAUUGACCUCUGCGAUGGUCAGACCGAGCUAGUUGCCAAGGUGGAGAAGAUGCGUCAGAGUAUCCUAGAGGGUCUGAACUUGUCUCGACCACCCCAGCCCCUCGCGUUUCCCCCUCCUCCUCCACAUACAAUGCCUUUCUACCCUCCCAACGGCACUUUCUACCCCCCACCUCCUCUUCCCCCAAUGCACGGUCGAGGCAGGGGGAUGCCUGUAGGAUUACAAGCCAUCACCUCGCAGGGUGGUAAGCUUGAGAUUGCAGGAACAGUGGUGGGUCAGUGGGCUGGCAGCCGACGUGGAAGAGGAAGAGCCUCUUUUCCCAUACAGGUUGUUUCUGUUGGUGGACCAACCAGAGGUCGUCCAAGAGGUGUGAUUUCCACUCCUAUUAUAAGGACCUUUGGUCGAGGAACCAGAUACCACCCUAGAGGUUUUAAGAGUCCAGGAUUAUACCAGAGCAGGCCUCCAUAUGCUGCCUCAACCAAUGACAUGAAUAAAGACAAAAAGAAACCCAAGCUGGCGGCCAUAACAGCACAUCUGACCUCAGAAGGGUCCGUGGCGGCAGAGAAUGGCUUGGAGGAUAAAGAGGCAAACCAGCUCGAUGGGAACAAAGGGGAAAGCAGGGCUUCUAACCAACCUGAAAGUGCCUUUAGCAACGAAUCUAAAAUGUGCAAUACAAAUCCUCAUUUAAAUGCACUAAACGAAGACAGUGAGACCCACAGAGAUGAAGCUCUAGGUGCUGCUGUCUUAAAAACAGAAGAGUAAAACUAUUUUUAUAGAGAGGGUGGAGGUUGAUGAAAGAUUGAUGGAAGGUUAAAGGUUAGGGAAAAUAUGGAAGGAUCGAAGGCCUACAGUCGGUGUACGUUUUUCCUCUCCGAAAGCUUUAGUGAGGACUUACACAUUUUUGAAAUCUCUUUAUGAUAUCAGCAGGUUAAAACCACAAGUUAUGAAUUAAAACAGACAUGUGCACGAGUCGUACAGAGAAUUUAACCAGUUUAACGUUGAAAGACAAUGUUCUCCCUCGUCGCUGAUAUAAUGGGUUUCAUGAAAUUAUUUUACCUUCUCUAUGAAACUACAGAAACAGUUAUACUGAUUUUUAUUUGCCAGUCUUUUAGUUUAGUACGUUGAGAUUCAAGUACCAGUAAUUGGCACCAUAUAUAUUUGCCAUUGUAAUUGCGUUUGUGUUGUCACAGUAAAUGCUUUAUAAUUGUUAAGAACGUAAAACUCACAACUUAAAAAACAAGAACACAUUUCUCACGUGUCACCACUGUGAGUAUACGCGUGUUUUAAAUGUGCAGUUGUUUGGACGUUAAGUAACUAGUAUUUAAUACCGCAUCUUAAAGUUCGGAUGAUUUCAAUACGUCAUACAAUAGAGAUAUAGGUAAUAUGUCGAGAAAUGGUUAGAAAAAUCUCAGAAAUGAUCUAUUAAAAACCACAGAUGUCUCUUUCCGUGUUAGACAAUGCCAUGCAUCAGUGAUCAAAGAUCAGCGUGUUUUUUUUUAAUCAAAUGUAGAACAUUAGUACAGCUGUCGCAGCUGUCUGCAUGGCUCACUAUAAAAAAACAAACAAACAAACAAAAAAAACCAAGGUGUGUAGUUAUAAUGCAUGUGGUCCUAUUUCUUCUUCAUCACAAAUACUGUGCCCAUCUGCAAAAUUUAAAAAGGCUGAUAAUCGGUCCUAUUGAUUAGCUGUAGUGUUAACUGUUAGUAACUGAUUUGCUCUAACCAUUAGUAAUUUUUUUGUGAGUUAAUGACCUCUGUUGUAUUUACUCAGAAACA